CCGCCUGCGUCACAUCACUGCGCAAUCAAGCACGGAAAUAACAGCUGUUCAGUGUUCUACAAUAUUCGUUCGGGCAACUCAGCUACAGCAAGCAGCAGCUGUAUUCGGAUAAAGACGCAGCCGUUUUCCUUGAAAAUUGCGAUUGUUUGGAUAUAAAAUAGUCGCUUUGUCAUUGUUUUUUGUUGAACGGUAAAGAUUACUUUUUCUUUGAGUUUGUCAAGUUAUUAUAACGGUGCUAGUGUGAUUCAUUACAUGCGUGAGGUAUUGAUGAUGUUUACUAAAAUUUGCCCGUUGUUAUUGUGACUCGAAUGGUUGAAAUGCCUCGUGAAUACGUGGACGCUGAGGUGAGAAGUGUGUUAUGUCAAUAGAAUCUCAACGCUUAGAUAGCAAUAUUAGUGUUAAAAUUGUUAUAACUAGGACGAAAAGUUAAUAAAAUGUCUAGUACGGUGCCGACCAGUUCUGCUCUGAGGGCUUUGGCGUUAGAAUACAAAAGCUUACAAGAGGAGCCAGUAGAGGGUUUUAGGGUGAAAUUGUUGGGAGAGGACAAUUUGUUUGAGUGGGAAGUGGCAAUAUUUGGACCACCAGAUACUUUAUAUCAAGGAGGCUAUUUCAAGGCAUAUAUGAAGUUCCCACCAGAUUAUCCAUAUUCACCACCAACAGUACGAUUUGUAACAAAAGUGUGGCAUCCAAAUGUGUAUGAGAAUGGCGACCUCUGUAUAUCAAUUCUUCAUCCACCAGUCGAUGACCCACAAUCUGGCGAGCUGCCGUGCGAGCGUUGGAACCCGACGCAGUCUGUUCGAACAGUGCUGCUAUCCGUGAUAUCACUCCUGAACGAACCCAAUACCUUUAGCCCGGCUAAUGUUGAUGCUAGUGUGAUGUACCGCCGUUGGCGUGAUUCGAAAGGGAAAGAUAAGGAGUAUGAGAAUAUUAUAAGAAAACAAGCUCAAGUCGCGCGCAUGGAUGCGGAAAAGGAAGGAAUAGUAGUGCCACUUACGUUAGAAGAUUAUUGUAUUAAAACUCGAGUCAAGGCGACGACACAAGAGCCGCAGUUGGACAUGACAGACUUUUAUGAUGACGAUUACGAUCUGGAUUCGGAUUCGGAAGAGGAAAUCGAAGGUGGUGAAGAUGGGGACGACAGUGGCAAUGGAGAGUCGUGAGGCUACCACACUUUCAGGACAGCUCUGACGUUUGACAGAUCGAUGUCAAUUAUCAGAUUGACAGCUGUCCUAGCUACUCGCGUCACAACGAAUGCGAUCUCCGGCGACGCGUACGGACGAUAUAAAUAACUAAAUAUUACAUGACAUGCCAUUAUUUUAACAGCCUGUAUAUAUGUUUAUCUAGGUUAUACAGGUUUUAGAUGUCAAACGAUUCUUCUCUUUGACGUAUUGUCAUACUGACAAUUGACAGUGCUGAAGACGGCUUUGAAUAUGGACAUCAAUCUUAUGAUAUAGCUUUUUUCUAUAAAAUAUAUGAAUUUUAUUGAUGAUUUCGAUAAUAAACCAAAAUGAAUUAAUUCGAAAUUGCGAUAAAUUAUGCAAAAAAGUGUUUGUUCAAACUUUGUUGUCAUUCGGAGAUAAAAAAAUCUUACUAUUACUAAAUUUUUUAUGAAACAGUCUUCUUACACUGUUUUGACAUGAACUGAUCUGUCAUUGCAUCACAGCAUUUGACAGAAAGACGAAUAAUUACUUAAGUAUUUAACAUGAUAUUCAGUAUGAAAUAUAAAAAUUAUUUUUCUAUCAAAUAUGUAUAGUCCGUACCGUUCGCUUAAUGUAUAGAUAAUUUAACACUAAGUAAAUGAAACAUUAAAACAGCCCAAGCCGGGCAAUUGCUAGACAAUUUUGUAAUUAUUUUUAAUCCUAAACUAAAAUAUUUUCUGUGAUUAGUUGCCUAUUUUAGAUGCCUUUAGUUAUUUUGUAACUUUUUCAUUUGCCAUUAGUUUUUCAAUUUUACAUCACAUUUUAGUUGUUCAUUUUAGAGAGAUAUUGUUUUCAGUGUUUUAAAUGUGCUAUUAAAACUCAUUAUUAGUGGCAACACUGUUUUACUAAAAUAUAAAACACAAGAUUUUUAUUUAAUUUCAUAAAAUUUGCUUUGGAGAGUGCAUAGUACUAUAUUAUUUUAUAUAACACUUGAAAACUUUACAAGUAGAAAUGACUUAUUAAAACAUCCAACGGUGUUGCCCUCUUAUUUGGGCUUAUUACUAAUACGCUCAAAUCAAAACUGUAAAAUAAAUUAUAAAUAUAGUACAUUCUUAAGAUAUAUUCAAAGUAUAUAUUAUAGUGAUACGUAAAUAAACGAAAUUAUAUAAGUUAUGUAUAGUUUGCAUUAAGGAAACAUCUAUUGUCAUCAUUGUGAAUUGAUAGGUACAUAAAAAAUAUUUUGCAAAAACCUUUACUUAAACAAAUUUCAUAGUGUUUUCUAAUAAAUAAAAAAGUGAUGUGAUUUGCUUAUGUUUUCUAUAGGACUUAGUAAAAUAGCAGUGAAAUCUAGAAAUAAAAUUCAUUGAACAAACAGUAAAUUGCAAUUUCACCGUUACAUCUUAAAGUACAAGCUAUUAUCACUUUACAAACUGCAUUGUAUGGUUAUAAUGGGACAUCGUGAAUCUCUGGGGCCCAUAUUUUAAGAUGAAUAUUAAAAUUCUUGAGAAUUGUGACCUCUAUUCUUAGAAAGUAACAGUUUCCACGUGGAUUAUGGACCCCAAAUGAUGUGUAACAAAAAUUAUUCAGAUAAUGUGUCCAAUAAUGGUUUAUUUAGUUAAGGUUUUAAUAGUAGAAAUGUUCACAAUGAAAAUGUCAAUAACUUAAUAAUUAGGUUUAUUCAGUAAUAAAGAGCAUGUGUUUUGAA